AUUGUCAAUAUACUCUCUCCCUAGCUAGUUAGUUUCCUCUCUCUUGUCCCCAGCUUGCUGCAUUUACUUCUUUGACCACUGAAAUGGAUUUCCUUAAAUAUACCAUAGUAGCCCUUCUCAUGAUCAUGCUGAAGACUGUGGAGGGCGAUGGAACUGGGUGGACAAGUGCACAUGCUACUUUCUAUGGAGGUGGUGAUGCUUCUGGGACAAUGGGUGGGGCUUGUGGCUAUGAGAAUCUUUACAGCCAGGGGUAUGGGACAAACACAGCUGCAUUGAGUACUGCUCUUUUCAACAGUGGGUUGAGCUGUGGAGCCUGUUUUGAGAUCAAGUGCAUGAAUGACAAUAAUUGGUGUUUACCAGGCUCCAUUAUCGUCACUGCAACUAACUUCUGUCCACCAAACUCUGCUCAAGCUAAUGAUGCUGGAGGCUGGUGUAAUCCUCCCCAGCAGCACUUCGAUCUUGCUCAGCCUGUUUUCCAACACAUUGCUCAGUACAAAGCAGGAAUUGUCCCAGUUCAGUACAGAAGGGUUGCUUGCAAAAAGAGUGGUGGGAUCAGGUUCACAGUCAAUGGACACUCAUACUUCAAUCUUGUGCUCAUAACCAAUGUUGGUGGAGCUGGUGAUGUUACUGCUGUGUCUAUUAAAGGCUCUAACACCGGUUGGCAGGCCAUGUCCCGGAACUGGGGUCAGAACUGGCAGAGUAACUCAUAUCUCAAUGGUCAAGCCCUCUCUAUCAAGGUCACAACUAGUGAUGGACGUACUGUGGUAUCCAUCGAUGUGGCUCCUCCCAACUGGUCUUUUGGCCAAACCUACGCUGGAAGCCAGUUCUGAUUCAGCCAACUCAACCACUGCUAAUCAAAAACACACCUCCAAAUUAAGCCUAUUACCUCUAACUUUAGUGUGACUUUCUUCUCUACUCUUUUCUUUUCUAAUUAUACUACUAUAUAAGGUAUAUAUGGUAUUCUAGUAUCAAGGGGGGCUUUUUUUGAAAUAGCCCUCCUUGGUCUUUGUCCAAGUUACUAUGAUUUUGGCCUUUUGUAGCAGUGAAAAUGCAUGGCACUAGCUCUCUACUAAAGGCCCUUUGUCUACAGAGGGUAUCUACACACUGUACUAGUGUAGAAUGCCUCUAGUAAGUUUAUAUAGUUUUUUUAUUUUUCUUUUUUUAACUUAAUGUGUUAAUUGUAAUGUGUGACUAUUGGGGCAUCAUUUUGGCUGAGGUGAACUUGGCUUGUCACCCGCCCAAAGAUUUGCUUUUGUUUGUUAUCUGAUGACUUGAGGUGAGACAAUGAGAUUGUUUGUUGUUGGGAUGCUGCAAAGCUAACUUUUUUCUGCUAAUGCAUUGAGUGAGCGAUUGAAAGCUUGUAAACAGCUUGUCAGCUGAAAUAUGUCCUUUAUUAUAUAUAUAGAAAAUAAG